AUGUUGGGCAGGUCACUUGCUCACCGUAGCUCCGAUUGCAGUGUUACCGAAUCCCAAACCAUGAACCACUCCAGAUGGACUGAAUGGAGGACUCUGAACAUGAGCAGUAGCAUUGUGAAUGUGUCUGAGCAUCUCUCUUGUCCGCUAGGAUUUGGCCACUACAAUGCAGUCGACAUCUGCAUCCUUGAGACAGUCAUUAUUGUUUUGCUAACAUUUUUAAUUAUUGCUGGUAAUUUAACUGUAAUAUUUGUCUUUCACUGUGCUCCGCUCUUACAUCAUUAUACCACCAGCUAUUUUAUUCAGACCAUGGCCUAUGCUGAUCUUUUUGUUGGAGUUAGCUGCCUGGUUCCUACAUUAUCAUUGCUUCACUACUCUACAGGUGUCCAUGAGUCCUUGACUUGUCAGGUUUUUGGAUAUAUCAUCUCUGUGCUGAAGAGUGUCUCCAUGGCAUGUCUUGCUUGCAUCAGUGUUGACCGCUAUCUUGCUAUUACAAAACCUCUCUCCUAUAAUCAACUGGUCACGCCUUGUCGCUUGAGAAUCUGUAUCAUUUUGAUCUGGAUAUACUCUUGUCUGAUCUUCUUGCCUUCCUUUUUUGGUUGGGGGAAACCUGGUUACCAUGGAGAUAUUUUUGAAUGGUGUGCUAUCUCCUGGCUCACCAAUGCUUAUUUUACUGGCUUUAUUGUGUGCUUACUAUAUGCUCCAGCUGCUUUGGUAAUCUGCUUCACAUAUUUCCACAUCUUCAAAAUUUGCCGGCAGCACACCAAAGAGAUAAAUGACCGGAGAGCUCGUUUUCCUAGCCAUGAAGUGGAUGCUGCUGGAGAGACUGGGCACAGCCCUGACCGCCGCUAUGCCAUGGUUUUAUUUCGGAUAACCAGUGUGUUUUACAUGCUUUGGCUCCCCUAUAUCAUAUACUUUCUGCUGGAGAGCUCUAGGGUGCUGGAUAAUCCAGCACUUUCCUUCUUAACAACAUGGCUUGCUAUAAGCAAUAGUUUCUGCAACUGUGUGAUAUAUAGCCUCUCCAACAGUGUUUUCAGGCUGGGACUCCGGAGACUGUCAGAGACAAUAUGUUCAUCUUGUAUGUGUUUAAAAGACAAGGAUGUACGGGACCCCAAACCUAGAAAACGGGCUAAUUCCUGCUCCAUUUAA